AUGAGCUCGCAGCGCUAUUCACGGGUGAAUGCCCAUGAUGAAGAGGACGGGUCACAUUCUUAUCCGCUAAACGCGCGAUCCGAAUACAACUCUUCUGCGCCUCCUUUCCGUUCUGGGUCUCGCUCAUCCUCGCCGUCGUCGAGGCGGUUAUUACACGAUGAUCCGCUGCACAAUAAUGAUGAACAAACACUGGCUGACGCCUUCGGGGACGAAGACGCCUCCGAUGAUGACAAUGAACCGGAUGAUAGACAGCGCUUGAUGCGAGCUGACCCCGAGUUCCGGGCUCCCCCGGAUAACACCCAUAUCGCCACUGCAUCCUCAUCGGAGACGAGGGUGGAUGUGCAAGAUCCGACUCGCACGGGACUUCUCAGGCGGCCAACGAUAUUACCAACUUUCACAGCACCCACGUCUGGAGGGAGCCGGCAGAUCGCCCCGUCUAAUGAUGGAGUCUUUGCCAAUCUUGCUGCCAAACCAGAACGGGGCGAGAAGAAUGAGGAUCUUCCUCCUUCAUACGAAGAAGCCGCCGCUGAUGCGACACCCCCGUAUUGGGAGACUACGAUUGUGGCUCCUGGCAUCUCCUCCGACGAGGUCUACGUCGAUGGACUACCCGUUGGCUCUGUUUUCUCCUUUAUCUGGAACGCCAUGAUCUCAAUGUCCUUCCAGCUUGUUGGCUUCUUGCUGACCUAUCUCCUCCAUACCACACACGCCGCAAAGAACGGCAGCCGAGCCGGUCUCGGUCUUACUCUUGUUCAAUACGGCUUUUAUAUGAAAGGUGGCACUGAUAGCUCCGGUUCUGAAGGUGGGGGCUCAGAUUACGUUCCUCCACCUGAUCCCAACAGCCACAACUUCGACCCAAACUCAGUUGGCGAGAGCGGAGGCGAUGGAGGGAGCGGUGCUAUCUCUGGUAUCACCACAAGCGAAUGGAUUUCGUAUGUCCUCAUGAUUGUUGGCUGGUUCAUUUUGAUUCGUGCGGUCAGCGACUUCCUGCGAGCACGACGUCAUGAACAGCUCGUGUUGCAGAGCCCAGAUCGGGGUCUGGGUGUACCAGUCAUCGCAGAAGGCGAGCGGUCCGAGACCGUUGUCUAA